CGGUGGCACGGCUCACCCCUGCGCGCUCGGGGACAGGCGGGUGGCGCCCUGCCACGGCGCCGUGUCUCCCGCCCCGGGCUCGGGGGCUUAUUAAGAAAUAAAAGGAUGCCAACGCUGCGCUGCUCAGUAACUAUGAGGUCUUCCAGUUACUCACUGAUCUCAAAGAGCAACGUAAAGAAAGUGGGAAGAAUAAACACAGUUCUGGGCAACAGAACUUGAAUACUAUCACCUAUGAAACUUUAAAAUACAUAUCAAAAACACCAUGCAGACAUCAGAGUCCUGAGAUUGUCAGAGAAUUUCUUACAGCAAUGAAGAACCACAAGUUGACCAAAGCUGAAAAACUUCAGCUGCUGAAUCACAGGCCCAUGACUGCUGUUGAGAUCCAGCUGAUGGUGGAAGAGAGUGAAGAGCGACUCACGGAGGAGCAGAUCGAAGCUCUCCUCCACACGGUCACAAGCAUUCUACCUGCCGGACCAGAGGCUGAGCAGAAAAACCCCAGCAGUGAUGUUGCAAUGGAUGAAGAGGAUCCAGCGUAGAAGAUGACAGCCGCCCUCCCUGCCUCACGAAAUGAAAAGGUCCAGCGGCUGUCUGCCAGCCACAGAAGACUGGUUUCGUCGGCUCGCCAGUAUCCCUAAUUUAAUCCUUAGCUGGUAAAUCACAGAAGGCAGUCUCUCAGAAAUACGCUGUUAAACACUUGUGCCCCCCAGGGAGAGGAAACGUGACAAAAACAGACUGAUACUGGAGUAGAGACGAGAGAGGACAAAGCCAGUGCUGACAGUGAUUAAUGGCACACUCGGUGCUACAGUGAGUCCUCUGGAGCCACUGCCACAUGUGGCAGGUCCCUGUGCACAGCUGGUCGGAUCCACAUGGCCUUUGAUGUGCUUCGUCGGAUUCAUUCCAUUCUCACUCGGGGGCUGAGUGAGAAGAAUCUGCUGGGCUGGCUCGGAACUUCCUGAGCAGCAGCAGUUUCUCCAGGUCCAAACAGCACUGCAGUGUUCUCCCCUUGGAGGACUCUCUCCAGAGCCGCAGCGAUCAAGAACAGAUCGGGCUUAGCUCUUCGUGGAUCUCCAGCCCUGCUGCUCUCCUGGCCUGGGCUCUGUUUGCCAGCUCACUGUUGAACCCUGACCGUCUCAUUCCAGUUGAAGUGGGGCACUCCAGACCGAAUGUUAGUGUCAGCAGAAACAGUGGUGGCCGCCUUUCUGACCACCUCCGCUAUCCUGUCCUGGGUGCGGGUGUGAGGAGCUGGGUGCCUGCUGCCGUUGGCUGUUUCAUUUGCUCAGCGGGGCAAGUUGUUGCACCUUUAAGAGGAACACAGUUAUGUAGCUUUUUAAAUAGACAGAUAUACAGGAAUGAAAAGUAAACGCAAAUAAACUUCUCACUUACUGGUUGUUGUAA